AUGGCCACCACGACCACUACUACAGGCAAACCCCUCUCCGCCGAACAAGUCUUCGACAGUAUCGGCCCAGCAUACGAAGAUGCCUUUGCAGAUCUAAAACCCCAACUCGCCUCCAUCGACUGGCUACUGUCACAAUUACAAACCCACAAACCAGCCAAGAUCCUAGACAUUGGCUGCGGCACCGGAAGACCCGUCUGUUCCCGUCUCGCAGACGCCGGCCAUGAUGUGUUAGGGAUAGAUGUCUCCGGCACCAUGAUCGAGGACGCGAAGAAGAAGGUUCCGAAUGCCAGGUUCUGGAAACUCGAUGUUACCGAGUAUCAUCCUGAGAAGGAGAGUUUUGAUGCCGUAACGGUGUAUUUCAGCAUGAUUGCCAGUGUAACUCAGGACCAGAUCCGGCAGAACAUCAAGAGUAUCUUCACGUGGUUGGGGUCCGGUGGGUACUUCGUCUUCGCUACUGUGCCGCUGGCGGGGAAUAAUUCCGAGAUUAAUUGGUUGGGGCGGGAUGUCGUUGUUUCGAGUCUUGGGGCGGAGGAGGCGGUGAAUUGUAUUCGGAAGGCGGGGUUUGACGUGCUGUUUAGGGAGGAGACGGAGUUUAAGCCGCGGGCGAAGGAGGCGGGGAUUUGUGGGGGGGAGAGGGUGUGGACGGAGCCGCAUUUGUUUGUGUAUGCGAGGAAGCCGUGA